UUUUUUUAAAUAUCGAAAAUUUUAAUAUGGAACAAAUCCUCGAACAAGAAAAUGAAAACGUUCGACUAGACACUGAACAAAAGAAAGAUAUGAUUAAAAAGUACAUCAGCACCGUUCCAUGUCCAAAAUGAGGGCACUCUAUCGAAACCCAACAGACCACUUCGACAAACAACAUAGAAAUAUUUGAAGAGAAAGACAGAGAAAUAGAGGAAUUGAAGAACCAAUUGGAAGAACAAAAGCAGGAGGCCGAGGUUAUGGUAGAGAGCUUUAGGAUUUCAACAGAUUUGUUACUAGAAAGGUUGAAGGAUCUUGAAAGUGUUAAUUUUGGGGGUGAUAGGCCACAGACAGCUCAAGUUUUGAGAAAUAUUGAUAUGGAGAAGAUGAAUAGACCUAAGAUUAUGGAUGAUAUUGAACCUCCUCAAAUUUUGAAUUUGGAAGAUGAGCCGAAGGAGGAGUUAGGUGAGGAAAAUAAAUGAACGAAUUGUGGAGAUCUUAUACCAUCACAUAUUUUUGCUAAGCAUACGAUUGAGUGUAUUAGAAAUACUGUAAAAUGAAAAAUUUGAUACCAAACCAUGAACAAAGACAAGAAGAAACAACACUUGCUUGACUGGAGAAACCCCAAGAAAAUGAUCAAACUCAUCGAACAAGAUGACGACGAAACUCUUGGAAUCAUGUUCAACCACGGCGCCAAAGCCGAAGCCCACCUCAUCAGGUCCAAGAAGCUGAAGCCUCUGCACUUGGUGGCUCAGCAUGGCAGCGUCCGCUGACUGCUGCAGCUCAUGGGCAACGGACUCGAAGAACUGUCUCCCGAAGACUCGAGCGGCGACACUCCACUGAACAUGGCCAUCCGCAACAACAGGACGAUCAUCGCCAAGUCUCUGAUAGAACUCGGAGCUGAUCUCGAGGCCAAGGAUGCGAGCAUGAGGACUCCUCUGAUGAAUGCAUGUUUGUACGGGAACCUCGAAGUGGUGCAGAAGCUGCUCGAAGUGGGUGCUGACAUGGGAGCGACCAACAGCAUCAAAGACACUUGAGUGACGCUGGCACAGAGAAGCAAGAGCCAAGAAAUUGUCAUGUUACUGGUCGACAAAGGCGCAUCUCUGAGGCCGGCGAGCAGUCUGGGCAAACUGAAGGGGAACGGAAUUGCGAGUCUGAAGAUCAAGAAGAAGCCAUCGUAGAGGAGGAUUGAGUUUAAAUUUCUAUUGAGUUGGCUGAAAUU